AGGGCCCCUCCCAGUCACAACAGGUUGCUUUUGCUUCUCAUACUUUUUGUUUUUCAGAGAAGAGAACCAACAGGAAGCUGCCGGUGCCUCUUCAGAGUUUCAGGGAUGGUGACACCGAGUUUAUCCUGCGGCUUGUUUCGGCAGAUCGAGCCGAUCGUCGUGCUGGAGCAGCUGGGCAGCGCUCUGUUUGACACCGCCUUACAGAUGGUGGUGAAGGAGCGAUGCGCCAACAUGACGGAGGAGAGCCAGCAGAAAGCCAUCACUGACUUCUAUAUGAUCUACAACCUCAUCAUCAAGCUCUGCCCCAUCAUGCCUGCGCUGGCCCUGGCCGCACUCAGCGACCGCGGCUGGAGGAGGGCCCCCAUCGUUGGGCCCCUGAGCGGUUACCUGCUCUCCAGGCUCACUCUGCUCCUGGUGCUCAUUUUCGAUCUCCCGCUCAGGGUGAUGUUUGCAGCCGCGGUGAUCUACGGCCUCUCUGGGGGGUUCAGCGCCUACUGGCCCGGGGUCAUGACUCUGGCAUCUCUGGGCUCCAAGGCGGCUGAUCGCUCCAAGGUGAUGAUGAGAGUGGAGUUGCUGUAUGGGUUAGCUGGACUGGUGGGCAGCUUGGUGUCAGGUCAUCUCUUCCCACUCUACAGCUCCAGUUUGGGAAAUGGAACCAUCCUGCUCUCUGUGAGCACGCUGCUGCAUCUGCUCUGCCUCAUAUUCUCUGUUGUCCUGCUGAAGGUGAAACAGAGGAGCAGCGUGGACUCCGAGGAAAGCUACCACCUCCUCUCUCACGCCUCCCGUAACGCCCAUCUCAUCAGCACUUCCAGUCGGAUAAACGUGCUGAGUGUUGUUCUUCUGUUCGUGGCGGCCUUCCUCUAUGACUUCGCUGUGGGCGGAGCCAUUGAGAUCCUGGGCUCCUUUGUAUUGAAAUCACCCCUCAGCUGGAAUGCCACACAAGUAGGGUACGGAAAUGCUGCAGGAUGCUUGAUUUUCCUCACCAGUUUCAUCGGCGUCAUUGUGUUCCGAAAAUGUGUCGGCGAUGAAACGAUGAUCCUGAUUGGCAUGCUGUCGUUUGCUUUAGGAAUCUACGUCAUGUCCUUCGCCACCACGACCUCCGUGUUUUACAUAGCGCGUUCAUUAAACCUCUUUGCACUCAUCCCCAUGCCAACGAUCAGGUCUGUGGUCUCGCAGCUGGUCCCUAUGUCCUAUUGUGGUAUGGCUCUCACGCUGCUGGAGAUGACCCUUAAAGUGGCUGGCGUCGCCUACAUUCCCACCUUCACCAAGAUCUAUCAAAGCUCUCUCAACUGGCUCCCAGGCUUGGUGUUUUUGAUCUCCAGCAUCAUCACUGUACUUGCGAUGAUACCCAUCAGCAUCGUCGGCUACAUUUCGGCUCAGAACAAGCAGUACGUGAGGAUUCAGGGAGACUGAAGAAGCAGCACACAUACAAGCAGUGAGUUCUUUUCUAAAACAAGCCAACUGGGAAAUGAGACUUUAAGGGAAAUGUUAACAUGCCACUUCCUCAAAUGUUGGAGCUAAAACUGUGUUUUUUAUACUUGCCUAAACGGCCUUAAGUAACAUUCAAUGUGGUGUAAAAAGGCCUGCAUGGACACUUAACAUGAGUAAGCCAAA